AAGAAAACGGAGAUAUGGACAAAGACAUUGGAGGUGAAAGAAAGAGAGCCGCAAGAAAAAGAAAGAAAGAACAGAGACACGCAGAGAGAGAGAGAGAGAGAUAGAAAGAAGCAGCCUCAAUUCACAAAAAGCUAAGCUAAGCUGAGCCAGUGGUUUUAUAUGCAUGUUGCUGUGUGGUUUUCAAAAUAGAAGAAAAUUAAAAAGUGAAAGAAAUUCAGACAAGUAGAAAAUUCUGCUUAAAAUAAAAUCAAUGACUCCCAAAUUCUCUCUUCUGUCUCUUCUUUCUAGCUUAUAGCUAUUUGGAGCUUAUAUAUCAUCAAGAAAUAUAAUAAUCGUCUUUUCCUUUAUUAAUUUUUUUUUUUGCAUAAACACGAGAGAUAGAGAUAGAGAUAGAGAAACAUAUAUGGAAACACCAGAAACCGCAAAGACUCCUAGGAGAAGGAAGAAGAAGAGGAUUUAACAAACGAUAUAAAGAUUCGAACUUUCUGUUUAAUUGACUUUGAAGACUUCGUAUUGUUCUGGGUUUGAUCGGAUGAUGGAUUUUAGGCAGGCCAGAUUAAGCAUUUAUUAUUUCGUUAAAUUAUUUAUAUGAUCAUCGCAGGCUUCAACGGGUAAUUGCAUAAUUUUCUAUCCGUUCUGUCUGGAUAUCUGGUCUGCUGGAGUUUGUGUACAAUUUCUGAUGGAAGAACUCUAGUUAAAGAGGGUUGUAUUUGGUUCAUGGUUUUGGUAUCCCCAGCCAGUGAAUAUUCCAAGUUUUAUGUUGCUGACAGAGUUAGAUAUGGACAGCUUCUAUUUUAUUGGUUCAUUCGUCUCUGUGUUUCCUACUGACUGCAUUUGAAAGUGGCUAAGCAUCAGGGGGCUUAAGAGUAUUAGAUAAGGUAAUAGACAGACGAUUCUGUUGAUCUGUUGAAGGCAAUAUCUUUUAACUCUAGGGAUGGGCUUGCCUCAAGUAUCCUCUAGCAGCAUUGUGGAGGAAAUGGCAGUAUCUUUGAGCACAUUGGUUGCAAACCCACCACGCAUUGUUGGUGUAAGUAGUUGCGAUUUGAGUGGGAUGCAGGGAGGAAAUGUUGGCAAUAGAAUGCAGAUGGAUUUGCCACGCUCUUCUUUUGGAGAUAUCCAAAAGAAAACCAUUGUGGAGCAUAAGAAUGAUUGGUUAACUAAUAAAAAUGGACAGAAUAUUCAGACACCUAUUCCUAGGAUUGUAGGUUUUGAAUCAAGAGGAUUAAAUACUCCUGUUAAUUUAUUUAAUGGAAAGCAAUCUGCAUCCACAGUGCUUAGUAGCAGUGAUGAUGCAAUUGAGUCCACUGGGUCACUAGUUAGGAAGCGGUUAUUGUCUCCUUUGAGUGGAAUGCUUCUCCCAGACAAAUUUAAUGGUGAUUCCUUAGACAUUGGUGAGAAUAUUUAUAGGAGUAAUUUCUGGAGUGGCAAAGGCAAUCACAAAGUUUCUGUCUCACAAGAGCAUAAGAAAGCUCAUAUUGGCAGUUCUAAUUAUUUGAUUUCUUCAAAAUGGUGUCCAGAGUGGAACAAUUUACAGGAUGAUAAUUAUCAGACAAACUCUACUUUUGUCUCUGAUGGCUUUGCACUUGACAAGAAAGAGCUAAAGCCUCAAAACCAAUUUGUCUCGCCAGUUGGACUUAGUUAUUCUGGAGAAACAACAAAGGUAAGGUCCCAAACUGGGGCUAUUGCAAUACCUGUGAACAAGGUCCUAUCAUCCACCUUAUCAUUGUCUCCUCUUGGUCCAAAACUUCAAGAAAGAGUAAAAUCUGUAGGAUUUCCCAGCUGUGCCGCAAAAAAUUUAAAUGAUGAAUAUUUGACCUUCAAGGACAUAGAACAAUCACUAGAUGGAACUUUCAGUCGCAUUUUAUCUUCCCAGAAGGAUAAGGACUCAAGCAGGUUGCAAAAAUCAUUAGAGGAUUUUGAUAAUUUGCAAAAGGAGUUUGAUGUUUUCACUCCAGAAAUCACUGCUGGCAUGGUGCAGCCAUUGGAAGAAGAUUCAAGCCCUACUCGUCCAUGUGUCAAAUUGGGUAGAACUCUUAUUGGACUGCCUGUUAAAAGGUCAUUGGUUGGUUCAUUUGAGGAGUCUUUGUUAUCUGGUCGGCUAUUAUCUGGCAAAGUUAGUCAGAGAAUCGAUGGGUUCCUUGCUGUUCUUAAUGUCACUGGGGGGAAUUUCUCACCACAAACCAAGAAGCUUCCAUUUGCUGCAACUAGUGUGGAAGGAGAUAACUAUUUGCUGUACUAUUCAUCGAUAGAUCUAGCUGGGCAUUUGCUGUCAAAUGAAUGUAGUGGCGCAAAAAUGAGGAGGAGCCUAAGCAUUAAUGAUUCACAUGCAGAAAAAAGCAGGCUUCGCAUUCCAGUGAAAGGGCGAAUACAAUUGGUUCUUAGUAAUCCAGAGAAGACACCUAUUCACACUUUCUUUUGCAACUAUGAUCUAAAUGACAUGCCAGCUGGUACCAAGACAUUUCUGCGUCAAAAGAUCACAUUAUCCUCAUCUAGACUGAAUGGGAGAAGUAGAGAUUUUGACAUGAAAAAUAAUGUCAAGCAAUCCUCAAUUCUAGGCAGCAGUCAGUCUUUAUCUAGUGGGAAAGAGACCUCUGACUCAAAUGAACUUGAUGCCGAACAUACAAUAAGAUCUUUGAAUCACUGUAAGAAAUGUACAAGUACUGGUGCCAAGGACGACAGCCCUCCAAAUUCGUCCAAUGUAUGUGUAGGAAAAUCUGUUCAUAGUCCUUCGAAGGCCAAUGAAAAUACUGCUGGAGCUGGUGUUCUUCGUUAUGCUCUUCAUCUCCAUUUUUUGUGCUCUUCUUCCAAGAAAUGUACAAGGUCUGUCCGGAGGUGCAAAUCUGAUCCUUCAUCUGCACCGGCACGAAGCAAAAUGGACAUGGAAGGGGAUCGCCGUUUCUACUUGUAUAGCAACAUGAAGGUGGUUUUCCCACAGCGGCAUUCAGAUUCUGACGAGGGCAAGCUACAUGUAGAAUAUGAUUAUCCAUCAGAUCCAAAGUACUUCGACAUAUAACAAGCUUACCAGGUUAUCCUCUCAAAAGUUGGUUAUACAACCCUUGUACAGAAUGUGUACAUACACUUUACUGUCAUUCUUAGAUGGGGCAGUUAGUUAGCCCCCAUUUUACUUGUAAUUUGUACAUACUUUCAUUUCUAAUAAAUUAGAUCAUUUAAUUUGAUGAUCAUCACGGUUCCUACUGUUA